CGCGGAGAGUUAUUUUUCUCCGAGGCAAGAUGGCCGCGUCAGUGGCUGGGGCUGCCCCACUGGGCAAGGGGUUGGACAUCAGCUUGGCGGCUCUCCAGCGGCACGACCCCUACAUCGGCAGCAUCUUGGACGUGGCCAGCCAGGUGGCGCUCUACACUUUCGGGCAUCGCGCCAAUGAGUGGGAGAAGACCGAUGUGGAAGGAACACUAUUUGUGUAUACAAGAUCAGCUUCGCCCAAGUAUGGAUUUACCAUUAUGAAUAGGCUGAGCAUGGAAAAUCGGACAGAACCCAUAACAAAAGAUUUGGAUUUCCAGUUGCAGGAUCCUUUCCUACUCUACAGAAAUGCUAAAUUGUCCAUUUAUGGAAUUUGGUUUUACGAUAAGGAAGAAUGCCAAAGAAUUGCAGAGCUGAUGAAAAAUUUAACUCGCCAAGAACAACUGAAAGCGCAACAGGGAUCUGGCUUGGGAAUUUCACCAGUCAGCCUCAGCUCUGGUGACAGGAAAGACAUGGAUAUCUUACAGAUGCUCACCAGAGCCAAAGAUGAAUACACAAAGUGUAAAACAUGCUCCGAGCCAAAACAAAUGACCAGUUUUUCUGCUCUAUACCACAAUCCCAACUUGAUCAAACCAAUCCCUCUAAAGCCCAGGGAAAGCCAGAAAGUCCAGAACACAGAUUCCGAGCCUCAGCACCUGUCCCUUAUGACUCUCUUUGGAAAGCAGGAAAAAACGAAUCUAUACCAAAAUGUCUCAGAACCAUCUCAGAAAUUCCACCAAGACAAUUUUCCUCCAAGGCAAGGAAUUGUACGCGCUUUCUCUUACGAGGAACCUGGAAGACACUCGCCCACAACAGAAAAGCAGCUCUGUCCGGCCAUUCAAAAACUGAUGGUGCGCGGGCCGGAGCUUCACCCGGUCUCUGAACUCCCGGAGAACCGCCUCUGCGAGAAUGGCAGCCACCCUUCCGUGGGGGAAGCUUUCACUGGGCUCUUCCAGCCUGUGACUUCACAGAGCAUUGGGAGUUCUCAUCCCGCCCAGAAUACUGCUUGCACAAGGAGCCUGCUCCAGCAGUUGCAAGGCCAGUCCGAACAGAUGACUAAAGUGGAAGUGAACAGCAUAGGACUAGCAAACCCAGCUGCCCCAGCCUUCAACAGGACUCCAGCCAUCUCCUUGGUGGCCCAGGUAAACAGUGUAAUUCAGCCACCCAUGAUGUACUUCAAUGGUUCCCUGCCAAACCAAGCUCUUGGUAAAGAACAAUCCAAACCUCCUAAGCAGUCACAUCCUCUUCCUGGGAACCACUCUGGAAAUUCCGGCAUAAUUUCACCUCAGGAGCUGUUGAAGAAACUGCAGAUAGUGCAGCAGGAACAACAGUUGCACAUAGCCAGUCGGCCAACCUUAGCGGCUAAGUUUCCUGUAGUUACUCAGGCCUCCGCCACUCUGAAACCUUUGGAUUCUUGGAUGGACAAGGCUUCGGCUACAGAAAAGCAGCCCCCUCUUCUUCAGGUCAUCUCCCCGCAGCGGAUUCCCGCUACUAUAGCUCCAUCCCUGCUGAUGUCCCCGAUGGUAUUUAGUCAGACUGCCCCACAGCUGCCAAAACCAAGUGAAAGUGGAUGGCUGCCAGUCAUGAAUCAAGAAAAUACUUCUGGAUCAGCAAACCUUCUUCUGCCUCUACAGAACUCAGAAGCAACCAUCCCAAAGAGCAACCCAUUAACCAAGUUACAGCUACAGGAAACACUUCUGCAUCUGAUCCAGAAUGACGACAACUUCCUAAACGUCAUCUAUGAUGCUUAUCUCGGCAGCGUGAGAAAAGCAGCACUGAAAAAGCCCAUCUGAAGCAUAACAUUUUAAUUAAAUGUAGCCUGGUUUUCAUGUUUGGAACAGCAACAGAACUGAAGAGGUUUUUAACCUCCUGCAAGACUUUAAAUUAUCUUCAUUGGAAGCGUAUCUUGUUCGAAGAAAUUAGUAAAUGGAAUUAUUAGUGCCUUCCUGAUUACAGUGUGAAAACAACAUCAAAAUAACUUAUAUUGUGGCUCCUUAAAAAAAAAAGGUGUAGAUUCCACAAAAGCCACGGCUUUCAUUAAAAUAACAAAAACGGUAUAAUGAUGUCA